UAUGUUCGGAGGUAGUAUGUUUGGGAACUAAAAUCCAGCUUAAACAACUGGAGGUAUUGGAGGCAUAUUAGGUACUAUAAUUUAAGAUAAUUAAGGUCAACCACAACAAUCAACUUUUGGGGCACCUUCAGGAGGACUUUUUGGAAAUACAGCUCCAUAAUAAGGUUUAUUUGGUUAGGCUCAAGGAACAUAAGGACAACCUGGUUUUGGUGGUUUAAUGGGAGGUUAGAUGCAAUAAGGAGGAUUAGGCGGAGGCCUUGGAGGAGGUCUUGGAGGUGGACUCGGAGGAGGACUUGGAGGAGGUCUUGGAGGAGGACUAGGACUUUAACAAUAACAAUCAAGUACUUUUGGUACAGCUGGAGGAUUAGGCUAGCCUCCAGUAUUAGGAUAAUAAGCACCUACAUUUGGUGGUUUAACUGGAGGUUUAGGUACAGGAUUAGGUGGCGCUCUUGGAAAUGGAUUUGGAUAAUAGACUGGAUUAUUAGGUUAAACACCUUAAACAGGAGGAUUAUUUGGGUAAACACCUUAAAGUGGAGGAGGAUUGUUUGGAUAGCCAUAAUAACAAUAGCCAACUUUAUUUGGUUAAUAAUAAUAAUAACCAUAACAGUAAGCAACAGGUUUAUUUGGUGCUCCAGCUUCUUCUGCUUAACCUUUUGGACAAUAAUAGGGAGGUGGUUUAUUUGGAUAGACACCUUAAUAACCAUAAUAGACUGGAUUUGGAUUUGGAUAAUAAUAAACUGCAGCUCCUAUUGGUGGAACAUCUCUUUUUGGUUAAUAACAACCUCAAUAAUAAGUUCAAGCUGGUCUUGGAUUUGGAGGUGGUUUAGGACAAUAAGCCUAACCUGGUAAUUAAAUUGUAUUACCUGGUGGUGUUGAUGAUUCAGUUAAUGAUGCAAGUCUAGAAUAAAGAAUUAGAUUAGAAGAUUCAGUGUCAGCAAUUUGUUGGGGAACAACAAUGCCUAAUUUUUUAGCUAUUUCAUCUUGGGAUGGUAAAGUGAGAAUAUUGGAGAUACAAUAGAAUUCAUAUAAGAGAGAAUUAUUUGAAAGAAGAUCAUUUUAAGUUGAUGGAGCAGUUGGAUAAGUAUAAAAUCCAAUAAUUUGUAUGGAUGCUAAGGGAGAUUUGUCAUAAAUUUUUGUAGGAUGUGGAUUUGAUCACACAGUAAGAGUUAUAGAUGUUAAUUCAGGAUAAAUAGCAUCUAUUGGAUAACAUCAAGGAUUAAUAAUAUCUGUUUAUUGGAUAGAAUCUGCAUAAAUGAUACUAUCAAUAUCAACAGAUUAAUCAUUAAAAAUGUGGGAUAUUAGAGCUCCAGGAUAACCAAGAUUUUAAUGUCAAUUUUAAUACAAACCACUUGUAUCUGAUUGUAAUUUCCCAUUAUUGGUUAUUGGAUUUGCAUCUGAAAAAUUAACAAUAAUUAAUUUAAAUGAAUUAUAAUAAUUACCAGGAAGAUUUUAAUAUAUUGAUUCACCUUUAGGAACAUAUUCACAAUUAACUUCAAUAGCAAUAUUUCCAGCAAGAGAUGGAUUUACAUUAGGUUCUAUUGAUGGAAGAGGACAUUAAACAAAUAUUACAACUAAAUCUACUCAUGGCAUGCCUACUGAAUUUUCACUAAAAUCAAUCAUGACCUUUAAAGCACAUAAAGUAUUGAUAUUAUUUUUAUUUUAGGUUGAAGAUAAUUAAAAAGGAAAAAUAUAAAAUUAUUUCUUUCCAGUCAAUUGUAUCUAAAUGAAUAUCAAAAAUAACUACUUUCUAAUGACAGCUGGAGGAGAAGGCCAAAUGAUCUUUUGGGAUAUUAAUGUAAGAAAUAAAAUCAGAACAUUUUAAUUCAAUUGUAAUCCUAUAGUUUGUGCUAAAAUGAGUCCUGAUGGUUCCAUGUUAGCUUACGCUUUAGGAAAUGAUUUUUCUAAAGGUCCUGAAUACUUCAAUGAAUUUUAACCAAAAAUAUUUGUUCAUUUUAUUCCAGAAAAUGAGCUUAGAUACCCUAAAAAUUGA